UUCUAGAGCACAUGGCAGGGGAUUGCAUCCAGAUGGUUCUUGGAUAUCUCCAGUGAGGGAGACUCUACAACCUCUCUGGGCAAUCUUUAGUUCAAAGAUUUUCCACUAUGUAUUGCCCAGUUUUAUUCUGAUCUACUUUCUGCUAAAAACUUUGGGAGGAAAAAAAGCAAAGUAUCUUGCGUGAGAAAGUCAUUUAAGCUGUCAAGAUCUUGGAUCUUUCUUUUCUAGAUUACAUGUAUCAUUUCUGCAACGCUUAGGCUUCUUACUGUUUUUCUGCAUGCUGUGCUUUCAACUUACCAGUGGUAUGAUUUGAGGCCAAAUACAGAAUUUUAAAUGAAGUUAAAAUUAACUCAUUUUAAAAUGAAAGGAAAGAGCUUAAGGUGUAGUAGGAAGGCAAAUUCUGCUCACCUUAUAAAAUAUGGUCCAAAGUAUAUGGCUGUCGAGGAAUUCUAAGUCACUGGCAGAACUUUGUUCUUCAAGCAUGCCUGUAUAUCUCUUAUGCAGUAUCUUUUCAAGCUACCCAGAGAAAAGCUGAAAAAACUGAUUGUUUUUCACUAGUUAAACAUUUGCAAAUUAAAAUGACAGCAAUACUUGCCAAACCCUAUUAGCAACAGUCAAUAAAUUAUUUUUUUUCAGCAUAAAUGCUGUUCUUCAUGUUUACAAUUUGUAGCUUCUUAGGUAACAGUGUCCAUGCAGUGUAGGUAAUGUAUAUCUGCUUCCAAAAAUGGUCUUUAACAUUCACUCACAGUACAUCUGAAGUAAAAUCAAUUCUAAUGCAUUUACUUGUUCUGCCAUACACACAAGAGGGCUAUAAAUUUUCUUAGAAUACAUAUUUAGUAGUUAUGCUGGGAAACAUAAAAGUUGCAAAAGAAUAAAUACUCAUUCAUAAGAUUAAGUCAAUUUUUAAGAUGUUGGAGAAGAAAUAACCCAAUGUUUUCUGUGGACAAUGAAAGAUUUCAGUCUGCAAAGUAAGCUGCACAUUUUUGCUCUCUUUUUGUUUUGCUUGAAUGGUCUUUUUGCUUCACAUAUUAAGUAAAGUAUUUUUAGUGGGGACAAUAGGAUAUUUGGAUAUUCUUGCUGGAAGGAUCUACUGAAAUAAGUGUCAAGUUGCACUGGUGAAGAAAAAAAACCAAACCAUAAAAAAAAAACCCAAAAAAACCUACUCCUCUUUCAGCAGUAUCUUACUGAAAAAUUUAGAUGAGAAACAGGAAGCAGUUCUUUGAAGAUGGAGCAAUUAGCAUUGUUACUGUGCUGUCCUGGAAAGUACAAGCCAUGAGUUACUUUUGUUUAACAGUAAUUGAAAUAACAACUGGAUUGCAUUAGAUUGUAUUUAAUCAUACUCUUGCAUUUUUCCAUGUUACAAAGGUAAGAACUGCCUUCUUUCAUGGUGUCUGUUCACGUUCUUGAUUUGUCUUCAAGGGGGAAUGGAGAAUUCAGGCCAUGAAAAGAUGAAAAUCUUUGUUAAGAGUUCAGAGUGAAAAAGUUCACAGGAAUUGUGAGGAUCCUAGUAAAACUUUGGAAGGAGCAUAUGGAAUAUUCAACACUUUUCUUUUUCUUAGGACUUUGUAUAUGAAGGUUGAGGCAGUUUUCUUUUUGCAUCAGGAUCAGAUGCAGUGUCCCUCUCUCAGAAACCUGUUACCAGAAAAAUCCAAGCCCAAAAAUCUUGUACAUUUUUCACCUCCUUUUCAGACACGUUUGUGAUAAAGUGAUUUGUAGAAGUGUUUGUCUACUGCUGAACUACUGCAAGUUACAUUUUUUUUUAAUUUUAGAGCUGGAAUCUGUGUGUCAAGUGAGCAAAGAGGUUCUAGCCAGAGUGUGUUGGUCACUUAUGGUCAGUUGGUCAUUGUUGUAGUUUAACCUCAGCUGAUAGCCCAACCCCACGCAGCUGCUCACUCACUUCUACCUGGUGGGAUGGGGAGGAGACUCAGAAGGUCAAAGAACACUUGUGGGUUGAGAUAAAGAGAAUUUAAUAGGGAAAGCAAAAUCUGCACACACAAACAAAGCAAAACAAGGAAUUCACAACUUCCCAUGGGCAAGCAGGUGUUCAGUCAUCCCCAGGACAACAGGGCUCCAGCAAUGCAUACUUGGGAAGACAAAGUCAUCCCUCCAAACGUCCCACUCUUCUUCCCCCCACUCUGUAUGCAGAGCAUGAUGCCAUAUGGUCUGGAAUACCCUUUGGUCAGUUGGGGUCAGCUGUCCUGGCUGUGUCAUCUCCCAACUCCUUGUGCACCCCCAGGCCCCUUGCUGGUGCGGUGAGUGAGGAGCAGAAACACCUUGCUCUGUGGGAGCACUGUGCAGCAGUAAUGAAAAGGUCUCUGGUUAUCAACUCUGUUUCCAGGAAAAGUCCUAAACAUGGCCCCAUGCCAGCUACUGUGAAGGUUAUAACUCUACCAGAGUUAAAACCAGCACUGUCAGUUAAAGUUGUAAUGUGGCCUUGGGCUAUCAAAAUGCCACUAGGCAAAACUUAGUUGAUCCUGUAGCACUUACUAUUAUAAUACAAGGUUGACUUUCUACAGAAAAUAGUAUUUGCUGUUCAGUUUUAUUUUCUUACAGAUUUUUAGGAGUCAGUCUUCUGUGUUAGGUCUGACAUCUCUAUUUUCAAAAAAAACUAUAGCUGCCUUUUAGUGAGACUUCUUGAGAUAACAUAAGGCAGACUGUAAAUGGAAGCAACUUAAAUGGAAAUUAAAGAUUUACAGAAUCUACUUGGACUACAGACAAGCUGAUUUCCGUAUUGCCAAAAGGAGGAAGAGACGCUCCCUCAGCUUGGACUGGGUAACCCUGUUGCCUUCUGAUUACAAGUUCUGGUACUUCUCAGCCUUUGUCAUGCAUCGAUUUAACAAGAGAAAUUGGUUCAUCAGUCUGCCGGAAUUCUCUUAUGUUUUAGAAAGUUAAAUCAGCUCACAGAAGGAUCAAAGAAAUCCCAGAGCCAGCAGAACGUAAGCACCAGAAAUGUUCAGUCAAGAGGCAGGAAUUCUCUGUUUCUGGCAGUGAGAGUGAGUAAUACAGUAAGUUCACUGCAUCUUGAGGGUUUGUAGCUGAAGAGCUCAUUUAGCCACGUUCUGAAUGAGUGGGCAACUGAGUUUAUGACAAGACCAUGUAGAAGGGAGAGGAGACAUACCUUGCUGAAUCCUGUUUUAGCUAUUAGUCAUUUAAGAUGGUCUGGAAGGUGUUUAGAACAGUUUGAAACAAUUUUAUCAAUUGCAUCAUUAAAGAUGCUCACAUUCUUCACAUGCAAGGAAGAAAUCUAAUGUCAGCUACCUCCCCUCACUGUUUUAAAUGAAAAAAUACUUGUUGGUGCUCUUUAUCUUUUUGAUGCAGUGGGGAUGAUAAUGGCUCUGUAAAUAGGGUUCGUAUUGCUUCAGAGAGACAGGCUGGCUUGUGAUUAAGACUUGUAUUUGUGAAGAGGACAUUAGUAUCAAGUGCUUUGGGUUCUGAUGCAACUGUCAGACUGAACAAAACAUCUAUUAUUUCUGUUUCAAUUUCUUGUUUAUGAGUUAUGAGAAGCUUGUCUCAUAAAAGUAAUUGUGAAGAUAAAUUUAUUAAUGAAUAUUGGGUACUCAGAUAGUAUGGCUAUGAGCUUACUGAAGAAAAUCCAGAAUGUAAUCAUCUUAAAGAGCACCUUUGUUAAGCAUUAUUAUGUAGGUCAUUAUAUGUAUCUGUUAAAGCAACCUAUUUAAGUAACUGCAUGUUAAGAUUUCCAAAACAAUUUAGGCAAUUUAAGUACAUAUUAUUUUCCAACUUAGUGAAAAGUGUAUUAAAUCACUAAGAACCAUUUAAACAUCUCCACUUGGGUGUUAAUGUACCCUUAAUUGCAUAAAGGUCAUGUGUGAUCAGUAGCUCUAAGAGGGCAAAGUUUCUUUUACAGUUUGUUAAAAGGACCCUAUUUUUACAGGCUAACAGUGACAGCAGUACCUUAAAGUACUAAAAGGAUUAAUUUGCAUGUUUAAUUUGGAUGUUUAAGCAUGUCUGACCUUAAUUCUGCUGCUACUGGUAGUUAGUAGAUAGUGAAUUUUUGUUCCUACAAUUUUGUGUUUCAUUUGAGACAUUUCUUUUAGGAAGAUAACCAAUUUAAAAUAAAUAAUAACAAACCCUUUGUGAUUUUCAUUCUGUGUCAGAAUAAAAUAUGGAUAUGUGUGGCUAUAUAUUAUGCUAAUUUAACAAACUGAAGGAAAAUGGAAGUGUUUACAUGUACUGUUGAUGGGCUAACGAAUACAGAAAGAGCUUAAUAUGUUAAACUUCAAAUCAGUGGAAAAGCAGAUUUACUGAACAAUGUUAAAAAGUUAAAAAUAUUAUAUAUGCACAUUUUGCACAUUCUUAGGCAUGAAAAGCACAAGAUGCACCUGUGGUGUGCAGGGCACUGGGAAGGUCCCACUUAGUAGGCUUAACCAUGGUCUAUAUCUCCAAAGGCUUGUUUCCCAACCAGGAGCUGGCACAGAGGCCAGCUUGGCAGGAACAACCCCUGUGCGUGCUGUGCUGUCCAAAACAGAGCAGAGACACUGCGGCUCAGGAGUUGUUUAUUGCCUGUCCUAGCUUUGCUACCAUAUCCAGGAAUUACUGGGAGGGGAAAGAUAGUGUUGUUAUUAGGCAUAUUUCAAAAAUGUAUAGAUAGUUAUUGCACAAGCUUAAUACUGUGAAUAAGCCGAUUCCCAUAUGCAGGGAAGUUCUCUGGCAGUGUUUCAUUUCGUAAGAUACUUGAAGCUAUAAUUAAUUGUGAGGAGAAGAAUUUGGAGAAAGCCCCCAAAGGUAGAAAAAAAUUUAAGUAUUGCUGUCAUGGCAUAUUUAACUCAAAUAUUAAGGUUUGCAAAAAACUGUAGCUGGAAGAUGUUUCCAUGAUGUUCCACACACUUUGGUGAAUAUAGUGUUGGCGGUAGACAAGUGAGCAAAUGAGCUGUAGUCCCAGCCUUUCGGAGAGCACCGACUUCUUUGCCUAUUUGGUAUUUGCCAAAUGAUAUUUGUCCAUUACCCAUGCAAGUGAAGAAAAAGCAGUUAUCCUAUGUUUCUUUCCAUCUGGGAAAGAUUGCUAUACCAUUCAAGAGAUCAAGUUCAUCAGUCUUUCCCUCCGUCACUACGUAUAAACUGGGCACCCCUUUAAGUCUCUUCCCUAAAUGGUACAAUCUAGCCAGUUUUGCCCCACUCAGUGCAGGGUUCAUUCUGUCUAAUAGUCUUCUACUAAAUACAUUAUUACACUUUCAGUUCCAAAAAGCAAUCAGUAUCAAUAGCGGAAAAAAAAAAAAUAGAAUUAAAAAGAAUCUUACUUCUUUCACCGUUUCACUGGCUUUAAAGACAGGACCUUAGAUCUUAAUGACUAUUUUGAACAUUAUACUCUGUGUAUAAUCAGGUGAUUCAGGCCAUGCAUUAGUACAACAUUCAGGGAGCUUAUAGUCAGGAAAUUGUAUUCUAUUAUUCUGUAGGAAUAGUAUUGAGUUUUAGUCUAUUUUCAGAUUGAGCUAGUGAAAGCUUCUUGAGGUCAUAAAUAGGCAGAGGCACCUUAAUUUAUUUUAUUUCUAUGUUUCAAAAGCCAUAAAGGAUUAUUCGUUGUCCUCCAUAAUAAAUAUUGAUUUUUCAGGAAAAUGGUUUCACUUUUGAAAUUACAAGGUUAUUCCUUCAAUUAUGCUGUCAGUAACCUUUAUGUAAUACCUUGUUUCUAAUAAGGCUAUAAAGAUUUUAUGACAGAAUAAUUUUCUGUGGAAAAACAAGUGGAAGUUUAGCUAGUUAGCUUAUUUAUUGAUGAUGCACAAAACAUCACAGUUAGGAACAUUUGUAUUAUGUUUUUGGUUCUGCAUGGCUGGUAGGAAUAAAAAUUAAAGACACUCAUUCAGUCAAGAGCAAAUGGUAGAGAAUAUAUACAACAGAAAGAAAACCUUUUGUGACAUUUUUCAAACAAAACUGAAUUUUUGACUGAUUCUUUAAAUUUGAAUACAAACAUAAAAAAUUAAUAUAGGUAAAUAUACAAUAAACAGGUGGUGAAACUCAUUUGCAAACAGAGCAAGUAAAAAAGGAAGAAGGUUUUUUAAAGAAGCAUUUUUUGUGUAUGAAAUAUUAGAACGCUCUCCUCAGAAGCUCUCUGGAUUCUUUAAGGGUCUUCCUGCUGUCUGGUACACAUGGGCAGGAGUUUUUCAUUGUGUUUCAGAAUGGAGACUAGGACACCCCAGCUCAUAGUCUGGUGUGCAGGGCACAGGACUGCUAUUUACCAUGCAGAUGCAUGGAGAAUCCAGUUAAAUAUUUGGGAGUAAUACUUUCCAUUCCUGGGAUCAGAACAGAGUAAGACUUGAAACAAAUUUCUGGCAGUAGGGAGGAGUGUUUCUUUUCUUAUCAGUUGUGUUCUCAAAUGUGGUUCAGAAUGCUUCAGUUUGGCAGGUGAGAAAUGCAUAAGCUGUGUUAGUAAAGAGUAUCCAAAGAAAUUGGAGGUCAAACUUCCUAAUGAGCUUGCAUUUUUGCCGUGCUAAACAUUCUCUCUCAGAAAGAGGAGGAGCUCAGAUGAGAGGUAGAGCAGUUACUAAAAGUUACUGAAAGACAGGCUUAUACUGGAAUAAGUACAGCAUCCAUCAUCAUAUUUACCAAAAGGGAUCAGUAUUGAACUAUGGUGUUAUUAACAGGUUUGUGAUUAAAGGAUCCAAUGCUUGUUUCAUAAAAAUAAUACCUCUAUGCAUAGCUUUGUAAGGGUCCCCCACAUUAGACAUGAGCAUCUACAGACAACGAGUAGACAAAUCCUCCCAUUUUUGGUUUUCAAUUGUAGUGUUGAUAAUCCCUCUUUUCUUUUGGUUUGUUCUUUACUACUUCUAUUCGCAUGGUAUUUGCACAGAAUUUUUUCACUUCUAUUUGUCCUUCAUUUUUAUGAAGACUACAAGAGUCUUGUUGAAAUUGCAGUCACAAGCUCUAUUGAACUGGUGCUGGCAGAAAUAAUUGUAUACAUCACUUGUUCUUUCAAGUGCUUCUCUAGUAGCAACCAAUUAUUUCUAUCACCAGGUAGCUGACUAAUGGUGGAGAGGUCAUUUGUCCUGGAAAGAUCUGAUCAAACUGCUGUGCUUUCCUUGUAAUAUGUUUAAGACUUAUUUUAUUGUCAGGGUUUUGGGUUUUUUUUCAAAAAAGUUUAAGUGUACACUGAGGAGAAUAUUAGAACGAUUUUGUAGAAUCAGACACAGUUCACUGCAAAUACAAGAGUUUAAUGUAAUGCACUGUUAACAGUUUUUUCAUUGGGAAAAAAUAGAAUUGAACAAAAUGUCCAAAGAGUCUGGAUAGCUCUUCGUGAAAAAAGUCAUCUUAAAUCCCAGUAACUAACACCAAAAGUCACCUCCUGCUUUCAACCCCCUUCAUUAGUAUCGCAUAGUAAAGAAACACAUUUGUAGAAUUCUGCUUCUCAAUCAAAUCUGUUGAUUACAAAAAUUCUGCAUGAUCUUCUUCAUACACUGUAGCUCUUUAUGCAUCUUUUGUAUAUGAUAGAAUACACUUGGCCUCUGAAGCUCGUUAAGUCCUUUACAGCUUUGCAGUCCCUCGUUAGACUUUUUCAAUCUUCUUGAACAUUGUUGAAAUUUGAUAGCUUUUUUUUUUAAAGUAAAUAAACUUCCACUUUCUAAAUUUGCUUCUUUGCAAAACGUGGUUACAUCUGAAAAGAUUUAAAUUUCUAACUUAAGCACUGUUUGUUGGGGGUUUUUCUAUUACGGUGUUUUAUUGUCUAUUUUUUCCUUAUGUGUUUUUAAUACUUGAUAUAUAUAGUUUAUGUUUACAUACUUUUACAUCCUAAUAAUUCCUUUACAUUCCAAGUUAGGAAUUUGAAUAAGCAGGUAUUUCUGCAAUAACAAUGUGAUGUGGCUUAUCAACAGAAAUCUGAAUCAGGAACUGGGCUCUACUCUGUUUGCUAUGUUUAGCAGUGCUUACUUGCUUCAGUUAGCUCCUUUAUGAACAAAAUACAGACUGAAGUUACCAGUGCAGCCAGGUUACAUUCAUGCCUGUGGAAAAAUCCAUGAAUGCACCUGAAGAUCUUGCUCUGCCAUACAGUGUUCCUUUUGAAGGGAAUUUUAGUGUUCCUUCUCCAGCCAAUGCAAGGGGUAUUGGUCUCAGCAGUGGAGCGCAGACAGCAUGACUGCAGGUAUAAAUGAUGAAAACUCCCAGCCUACACUGUAGGAAUGUACUUUUAGCCUGUGUAUGGCCUUGUAUGCUGCAGCACUUUCAGACAGUAUUGUUUGAGUGACCAUCAUCUGUGGCCCAAGUAUGCCAUAACCAUGCAAUACUCCAGUAGCCAGGAAAGGGCAUUUAGCCAACCAGACUGAAGCAGGGGUAAAUAAGAAUUUAAACCAUAACCCUGAGAUCUGUGCAUGAACUUUCCUUAAUUUCUAAAUUCUAUCAUUUUUUUCAGAACCAAUGUGUUAAAGAGGUAUUGCAGGUUUUCUAGUUUGUACAAGUUCUUAAACUAUAGGUUCUUAACACCAUAGUUCCUUAAAAUCUUUCAGUAGUCAUUGAGCAAUCUGACUAAUUCUUAUGAUAUGAUCUCAACCUCUCUCCUGGGGAGAUCUGUGGGCAGUAAAAUGUGUUGUUUUGACAGAAUUUUUUUUUUCUCCCGCCCUAUCCACCCCCUGUGUAUUAUUCAUGUUGCUAUCAAUUUUCCUUAAACAGUAGGAUCAAGAAACUAAGUCACGUAGUUAGUGUGAGACAGUGAAAUCUGUGAUAAACGUAAUUUCCAGGAGAGAUUGAUUCCAGUCAUUUGCAAAGACCCCAUGUUAGAGUGGUGGGAUAUAUGUGUUUUGGUUUGGUUUUUUGGUUUGGUUCUUUUCCUUGGGCUCAUCAUCAGACUGAGAAUUUACUUUGUUUACUUAAAGCCUGCCUCAUGUUUUGAAGCAUUCUUUUCAUGAUCCUUCCAAGCCCCCCUCCCUUUAUGGUUUUUAUUUGCAAUGCUACUGAGCUGUGAGGUUGAUAAAGAGCAGCAGAAGUCACAGCAUUUCUCUUUGGAAAUGAGAUGGUUGCCAUGGAAAUGCUUCCAGCUGCUUCUUGUCCCAGUUAAGAAAAUAAUUUUUAGACUCCUAUAUUACAAGGUUAAGCUACAAUGUUUAAAAACUAAAUCACAUAGCUAAUUGAUUUAAAAUUAAGAUCAACACAUUCCUUGUUAAAUAUCUUUGGGCUGAUAAUCACCUGAAAUUCUUGACUCAAAUAUUUGUGCAGGUAUUUAUAAAAUAUUUGUUUCUAUUCGUUUUUGUUCAGAUGGAAAAGAUUUUCAACUGAUUUUACUAGAUGUGUUUUUGUAGUAGAAAUUAUCCUGAAAGCUGACUGAUACCUACAUAGGUAGUGUUUAAAAUAUGACUCUGAGUUUGACUCAUAUUUUGCAAUAUGCCAAAUCUGGGUCAGACCGGAAAUGCUAGAUACUUUUAAAGUUUAUUUUCUCUGAAGUCCAGACAUUUGAUGAAGUGUUGGUUGUUUUGGUGGUCUCUAGUCAACCUCACUUUGAACAAGAUUAUCACCAACAGCAGUUCAGUCAUGUUGUGUCUAGCUAGUAUUAAAAAUUUCCAAGUAUGGAGGUUCCACAACCCAUCUGGGAAACCUUUUCCCCUAUUCCACUACUCCAGGUGAGAAAGCUUUUCCAAAUGUCCAGUUUGAAUCUCCAAGUCACAGGUUGUGGUCGUUGGACUAUGUUGUUGUUAGAUUAUGGGAUUAAUCAUGCUAAAAGCCUGGUGAGGUUCAGGUGAAUAGUGACAUGCAGAGGAGCUUUAGUUAACAUAAUCAGUGAAAACUGGAAGGCACAAACUUCUCUGCUCCUAAGGUUAUCAAAGGAAAAUGAUUAGACCAUUGUCCCUGGUGUGAAACACACAGAAAAACUCCCAGAGCUCCUGGCACAGUGUAGUAUUUCCUACAGGGGAUUUGCUAUGGGAUGCAGGGGAAAGGGCACUUUGCAAUUGUUUAAAGGUUAUUAUGGGAUACUUUUAAUGGGGCUCAGGGAGCCUGUAGAACUUUCUAUUAAAUGUUUAGUGAAAGGCCCAAAGGUCAGAAAAGGAGGGAUCCAUGUAGCAAAGAGGAACAAGCCUAGUUUGAUUUCUUUCUUGACCAGUCUUUGCUGGUUACUUUUCAUCACCUUAGCAUCCCCUGGGUUUUUUGUUCUCUAAUUUUCUGUGUUUUGAAAGGUAGCUCACUCUUCUUUAUCUCGCUUAGCUUUCCCCCUUUUUUAAAGAUAAGCCCAAUGCAAUCCUCUGGAACCUCCAUUACUUCUAAAAGGUAAUUGUAAAUGGUUCAGAGAGGACUUUUGCUAUUUCAUAAGGUACAUACAGAAUUUUAUCUGUCCUUGCUACUUUGAAAAUACUUAACUACUUCAGGUUUUUUGACAUAUUUUUCACUUAAUCGGGCCUCUGGUCCUACUCCUUCAUUAAAAUUAAUUUCAUUAAGUAUCUGAUCACUGUUUAUGAAGUGAGCAACAAAAAAAUCUGUGCCAUUUGCCUUUCUCCCUCGUAAAAUAAUGGGGAUUUGGGUUUAACUUCUUUUUAUGUCCAAUCCAUUUACAGAAUAUUUGUUGGAUUUUUAUGUCCCUUGAUAGCGGUAACCUAUUUAAUCUUAACCUCUCAUUUUAUCAAGAUCGGUUAUUGUGUUAUCCCUAUAUAGUCACUCUUAGGAUUUGUCCUUUGAUACCUCUUGCUUACAUAACUUCAUUCUGACUUCUAAAUUCUUAAAGAACCCUUUAGCCAGACCUUUUGAGCUCUUCCUGUGGUUCCUGUCUUUAUUCAUGAGAAAUAGUUUGUCAUUUAACCUUCACUAUAGUAUCUCUUAUUAACUGCCAGCCUGCUCAAAGAGCCUGUCUCUCUCAGACUCUUAGCAAAAGAGGAUAGAAGAUGGUUGCCUAAGUUUAUUGGUCUGCCUUUUAUUUUUUUAAAUAUAUUGUCCUUACAAUGCUGCAUAUACUUUUCCUCAGAAUCAUAAAUUCUACCCUCUUAAGAUAGGUGUCACCUAACUGGCAUUCCACAGAAGUAUUCUCCAACAGUUUUCACCUGCAAUGUUUGUAUCUGGCAAUUUCUGCCACCUUCAGAAUAAAAAAGUCAAUUAACAGAUGCUUCAUAUCAUACUGUUUUUUGAAGCUACCUGAGUAACUUAAGUUUUUCAUUACUAACAGUCUUAACUCUCAGCUAACCAAAUAGUUAUUUUCCAGUGUCUUCCAUGAUUAUGGUUUUGAUUGUAUUUUUCAAGUUAGGUCAGUGUUUUUGUUGAAAGCAAACCCUUUUUAAUUCUGUUAAGUUUCUACACCCUUAGAAUUUAGGGUUCAGCAGGAAGAUAUGAAGAAUAUGUUUUUAGUAUUUACUUCAGUUCUUAAAAUAUUUUUGUAAGAAAUCUCAACAAAUUUGCUGAACAUUUGAAAAGUCAAAUAUUUCUAAGAGUGUAGCAUUUGUUCUGUUUUACAUUCAGUCAAAAAUAUACUUUGGUUCAUUCCUCAAAUAAUGGUUCAUCUCACAAACACUGAAUGUGUAAAAAGAGAUUUAAAAUUUGUAUUGAAAAUAGCCUUAUGUGCAAUGUGUUUCAGCAGUUUCUGCAAUGUCAGACAAAACACACACUUCAUAUGCCAAUGCCAGCUCAUAAGUUCAAGAACAAGUGAAACCUGUUAGGAACAUUUCUCUUUGUUACUGAUCGUAUACAAAGAUACCAAAGUGCAUUUAGCCAAGGCUGCAAAACAAUGCAAAAUCACUGAAAGCUGCAGAAGUAUUUCUAUGGCCUGAUUUUGUUGUUUGGUGGAGGUUUGUUGGUUUGUUAGUUUGUUUUCCCAAAGCAAUCACUUGUGCUGUGUGCCCAUGAAACUUCUUUCAGGAAAGAUACUCAGUGAGCCCUUUGUUAUAUGUUUUAUGUGUUUUGUCAUGUUAGAACUUUGUCUCUUGUGUUACUCAGUAUACUGAGCAACAUUCUUGCAUUAAGUCAGGAUUUUGCAUGUUUCUGGCAACCAUAAAAAUCCCUAAAUCACCCAUGUCAAGCCUUCCGAAGGUCCUGGGUAUGCAAGUUGCCAGCCUGUGUCAAAGCCUUUCCCAUAAUGCCAGAGUGCGUCUUGGGCACAGUGAUCAUGAAAUGAUGGAUUUUUAAGUUCUUGGAGAAGUAAGGAGGGGGGCCAGCAGAACUGCCUUGGACUUUCAGAGAGCUUGCCCCACCUCUUGAAGUGCAAAGGAGUCCAGAAAGGCUGAACGUUCUUCAAGGGGGAAAUCUUAAAGAUGCAAGAGCAGGCUGUCUCCAUGUGCCAAAAGGUGGCAAGGAAGAGUAGCCUGGCUGAACAGAGACUAUGGACUGGAACUUAGGGAGAAAGAAGGUUUUAUGACCUUUGGAAGAAGGGUCAGGAAACUUGGAAGAACUACAAGGACAAUGUGAGCUUAUGGGGGGAUAAAAUUAGAAGGGUCGAAGCACGACCAGAAUUUAAUCUAACUACUACCCUAAAAGACAAUAAAAAAUGUUUCUAUAAACGCAUUACCAGUAAAGAGAGGGCUAAGGAUAAUCUCCAUUCUUUGUUGGAUGCAAGGGUAAACAGUGACAAAGGAUGAGGAAAAGGCUGAGGUGCUUAAAGCUUAAAGUGCUUAACAGCAAGACCAGUUGUUCUCAAGCCACUCAGCCCUGUGAGCUGGAAGACAGGAAUGGGGAGCAGAAUGAAGUCACCUUAAUCCAAGGGGAAAUGCUCAGUGACUUGCUAUACCACGUAGACACGCUCAGGUCUAUGGGGCCAGGUGGGAGCUGCCCACUGAGCCACUUUCCAUCAUUUAUCAACAGUCCUGGCAGACAGGAAGAUCAAAUGCAACACCCAUCUACAAGACUGGAAGGAGGAUCUGGGAACUACAGGCCUGUCAUCCUGACCUUGGUGCUGGGGAAGGUCAUGGAGCAGACCACCCUGAGUGUCAUCACAGGCACAUGCGGGACAACCAGGGGAUCGGGCCCAGGCAGCAUGGGUUUGUGAAAAGCAGGUCCUGCCUGACCAACUGAGUCUCCUAUGACAAGGUGACCCUCUCAAGUGGAUGAAGGAAAGGCUGUGGAUGUUGUCUACCCAGACCUUAGUCAAGCCUUUGAUGUCAUUUCCCACAGCAUUCUUCUGGAGAGACUGGAUUCCUAUGGCUUGGAUGGGUGCACUCAUUACUGGUUCUGUAUUGCUGCAGGAGGACUGACUCAGAAGGAAGAUGCUAUUGAGGAGCUCAGCAGGAUUCAUGCUGUUCUUGCUCUCUCAAUGCACUGUGUCCCUGGGCACCAAAGAGGAAAUGGUCCUGGCUAAUGCCCACCUUCUCCCGCAAAGAGACUAUGAGAGACUGGGUAACGCCAAUGAAAAAGACUAUCCAAGGGAUUGUUUUGAGAUUUUACUGCGCUCCAAAGGAAAUUCCAGAGAUGGCCUUUACAUCAUCCAACCAAAAGAGGAACCAAUUGUUGUCUUUUGUAACAUGCAGGAUGGUGGCUGGACAGUAAUCCAGCACAUUACAGCCAACAGUACUGUCGACUUUGAUAGGACCUGGCAGGACUACAAAUAUGGAUUUGGCUCUGUUCAUGAGAACCACUGGUUAGGAAAUGAAUACAUGCAUCAGUUAACCGGCAGCUCAGUGCAAUAUAUACUUGGAGUUAAACUUGUAAACCUAAAUGCUGAAGUGAAAUGGGGACAGUAUGAGCCAUUCCUGAUUGAGGGUGAAGAAUCUCAAUACCGAAUCCGGGUCGGUCUUUACAAAGGCAACGCCACCGAUGCGCUGACCCUGGACACAGAAGCUUAUCUCCAUGACAACCAGAAGUUCACCACCAAGGACAGAGACAACGACAAUUACUUUAUGAAUUGUGCUAAACUGGAACUCAGUGGCAUUCCUGGGGGAGGCUGGUGGUACGACGCCUGUGCUGGAGCAAAUCUAAACCGCAGGAACAUGAUAUACUGGCAAAAAGACUGCAACAAGCAACGCCCAUGCAAGUUUGCAUGGAUGAUGAUCAAACCCAUUGAGCACCACCAGUCAUACCCCACAAAGGCCUGCCCCUGUCAGAAAGUUGAACUGUAGACAAGCCAGGUGUAUUUGAUAGGAACAUGGACUCUUUCUCCAGUGACUGAAGUGAACUCACUGACUGAGUAAUCAUCCUAAGUAACCAUGACUGAAAAUUUAAGUUGGGCCUCUGCAAGGGCUUUAGGAUGGCAUAUUGUCCAGGACUGGAACAUGUCACAGAAAUAUGCCAACCACACAAGUGAGAAACUGUCAGAAAUUGAGGCCUCAACCACAAGAUUUAAUUAACCAGAAAAUUAAAAUAAUUAAUUUUAUAGUAUUUUAGCCAUAAAACAAGUCCGUUAUGAGAUCCAGGAUAUGAUGUCUUGUACAAUAUAUACAUAAAUAAAAAUGCAUUUCAGAAGGUUUUGCUCUGGUAUCAAUAUUAAUGAUUGAUUGCACACCUGUAAUUGCACAUCUUCAUAUGUCAUGCAGCGAAGAAAUUUCCAGUUAAAUACCUACAUUUACAAAAUACAUACUGGAGAGUAUUUUGUACCACAGGGCUCCAACAGGCCUUUUCUUUCUAACUUUAGUGAAUGGUAUUUUAAUAUGAAAAAUUGGAAUUAACCUCAUCUCCCAUGGCUUCUUUCCCCCUCCAGUGACUCUUCUUUUCUCUCUACUUUUUAAUGAUCCCUUAUACAAUGAAGUAUUCAGCACAGGCUUUUCUUGUCUUCCUUCAUUUUAGAGCACUCAGCA